AUGUCUGAACCGCGUCGAGGGGCCGACGAGCUGGCUCAGACUCCCACGACACCGCUGCGAAGGGAGCGCGCACCCACCAUCACUAUCGAUACCUCCGCGGUGAGCUCUUCAAAUACGAACGAUGGCCCCGUGCAGAUCCUCUCGGACCCCCAGCAGUCAUCGCUCCAGCUGAAUACCGACACAAUCGAGUCCUACGAUGCUGGUGCACAUCACGAUGGCUCCGGUUCCCCCACCGACAUGCGAUCCUCGGCCUCCCUGCGCUCCAAUGCCUCCUCCGAAGCUCGAGAUCGCGAACGAGACCGUGAAAGCCGGCCAACCUCGCCCCAUAACGUCUCGUCUCCGAAGACCAAGGUGCCCGAGACGCAUUCCCAUUUCUUGUCGGUGCCCGGCACGCGGUCCCGUGGUAAUUCGUUGGAGUCUGAAGGCACUAGUCAAACCUCCAGCACCUAUGGCGGUGAUACCUACGUGCCUACUGCCUCUCACGCAUCCAACUCCGAUGCAACCAAGAAUACAAUCAUCGACGACGAGGAUGCCCUCACGCCGGACCCGGGUCGGGAAGAUGAAUUCGAGGUGGAGAAUAACAAGUUCGCCUUUUCUCCGGGCCAGCUCAACAAGCUCCUGAAUCCCAAGAGCUUUGGCGCGUUCCGGCAACUCGGAGGACUACGAGGACUGGAGAAGGGAUUGCGGACCGAUGUUCGGAGUGGAUUGAGCGUGGAUGAAACUACUUUGGAAGGCGUUGUCGAGUUCAGCGAUGUCACGUCAUCAGAGUCGAUGCCCAAGAUUGUCUCGCCAACGAUACCGCCUCCCUCAGCCCCCCAAGAAGGAGCUGCAGUAUCAGAAGCUGAUGGGUCAUUCGUGGACCGAAAGCGAGUCUAUGGCAAGAACCUGCUACCGGAAAGGAAACUCAAGACUAUCUGGGAAUUGGCGUGGAUUGCAUAUAACGACAAAGUGCUGAUUUUGCUGACGAUUGCGGCGGUCAUCUCCCUGGCUGUGGGUAUUCCACAGUCACUCCAUCCAGCGAAGCCUGGUGAGCCGGGCGUGGAAUGGGUGGAGGGUCUUGCUAUUCUGGUUGCUAUCAUCAUUGUGGUCACGGUUGGUGCUGCAAAUGAUUGGCAGAAAGAACGACAAUUCGCCAAAUUGAACAAGAAAAAGGAAAACAGAUUGGUCCAGAUCAUUCGAUCAGGCAAAACCAUCGAGAUCUCGGUUCACGAUGUACUCGUUGGCGAUGUGAUGCACCUUGAACCGGGUGAUCUAGUCCCGGUCGACGGUAUCCUGAUCGCAGGGCACAAUGUCAAGUGCGAUGAAUCUUCGGCCACUGGUGAAUCUGAUCUCAUGCGAAAGACCCCCGGCGAUGAGGUCUACCGAGCAAUCGAAAAACACGAAGAUCUCCGCAAAAUGGACCCCUUUAUCGUCUCCGGCGCCAAGGUCUCUGAGGGCGUGGGAACAUUCCUCGUUACUGCCGUGGGUGUCCAUGCAACUCAUGGGCGGACAAUGAUGUCUCUCCAGGAGGAGGGCGAAACAACGCCCCUGCAAACCAAAUUGAACAAGUUGGCCGAGUACAUUGCCAAGCUGGGUCUGGCCUCUGGUCUCUUACUGUUUAUCGUACUAUUCAUCAAGUUUCUCGUUCGACUCAAGGAUAUCGAGGGCGGUGCCGACGCCAAGGGACAGGCUUUCCUACAGAUCUUCAUUGUCGCCGUGACUAUUGUCGUUGUUGCUGUACCUGAAGGUCUCCCGCUGGCAGUAACCCUUGCCCUCGCCUUCGCAACGACACGAAUGAUUAAAGAUAACAACCUGGUGCGUUUCCUCAAAGCGUGUGAGACCAUGGGAAAUGCGACAACUAUUUGCUCCGACAAAACUGGCACCCUCACGGUGAACAAAAUGAGCGUCGUCUCGGCUACCCUGGGAACGACGUCUCGCUUCGGGGACAAGUCUGGCUCCAAUCAGUCCAACCAGUCCGGUGAUGUUUCUGCUGCCGAAUUUGUCAAAACGCUGUCCCCCUCCGUCAAGGAUCUCCUGAUGCAGUCUAUCGUCCUCAACUCUACCGCAUUUGAGGGAGAGCAGGAAGGCGUCAAAACCUUCAUCGGCUCCAAGACCGAGACUGCUCUGUUGACCUUCGCACGCGAUUACAUGGGCAUGGGGCCUCCCGCCGAAGCCCGAGCGAAUGCCAAAAUCCCGCAGAUGUUCCCGUUCGACUCGGCGCGUAAAUGCAUGGCAGUGGUAUAUCAGAUGGAGAAUGGAAAGUAUCGCAUGUUGGUCAAGGGCGCUGCGGAGAUCUUAAUGGCAAAGUCCACUCGAAUCAUUCGUGAUCCCACCGACGCUCUGAGCGAGGUACCAUUUACGGACGACAACCGGUCUACGCUGGAUAACAUCAUGACAACCUACGCCAACCGAUCGCUGCGAUGCAUUGCUCUUGUCUACCGUGAUUUCGACCAGUGGCCUCCGCGUGGAGCGCCAACUUCCGAGUCUGAUCGCACUCAGGCAACUUUCGAGCCCAUCUUCAAGGACAUGACAAUUAUUGGCCUCUUCGGUAUUCAGGAUCCUCUUCGACCCGGUGUCGCAGAGGCUGUGCACACAUGCCAGCGGGCUGGUGUUUUCGUUCGCAUGGUCACUGGUGAUAAUAUCAUGACGGCCAAGGCUAUUGCUCUGGAGUGUGGAAUCUACACGCCGGGUGGUAUUGCUAUCGAAGGUCCCAAGUUCCGCAAGCUGAGCACGCGUCAAAUGAACCAGAUCCUUCCCAGACUGCAGGUGAUUGGUCGAUCCAGCCCUGAUGACAAGAAGAUCCUCGUGAAUGCUUUGAAGAAGCUUGGCGAGACUGUUGCGGUUACUGGUGACGGCACCAAUGAUGCUCAGGCUUUGAAGAACGCUGAUGUCGGUUUUGCGAUGGGCGUCACUGGUACCGAGGUGGCCAAGGAGGCAUCGGAUAUCAUCUUGAUGGACGAUAACUUUGCAUCCAUCGUCAAGGCCAUGUCGUGGGGCCGUACUGUCAGCGAUGCGGUGAAGAAGUUCCUUCAAUUCCAGAUUACGGUCAACAUCACCGCCGUGAUCCUCACUUUCGUCUCGGCAGUUGCUAGCAGCUCAGAAGAUUCUGUUCUGAGUGCAGUGCAGCUGCUCUGGGUUAACUUGAUUAUGGAUACCUUUGCCGCUCUUGCACUUGCCACAGAUCCGCCAUCACCUUACGUCCUCGACCGUCGGCCAGAAUCCAAGGCUGCUUCGCUUAUUACCCUCACGAUGUGGAAGAUGAUCAUUGGACAGUCGAUCUACCAGCUGGUGGUGACGUUCGUGCUUAACUUUGCUGGAAAGUCGAUCUUCCCUUGGGACGAGGGAUAUAUGCAAACCGUGGUCUUCAACACUUUCGUCUUCAUGCAAAUCUUCAACCAGUACAAUUCCCGUCGCAUUGAUAACAAGCUCAACAUUUUGGAGGGUAUCUGGCGCAACAAAUGGUUCAUUGGUAUUCAGCUCAUCAUCAUCGGAGGUCAGGUCCUGAUUAUCUUUGUUGGUGGCGCUGCCUUUUCGGUGAAGCGUCUCGACCAGGGCUCCCAGUGGGCCGUCAGUCUUGUGCUGGGAGCUCUCUCUGUACCCAUCGCCGUGAUCAUCCGCCUUAUCCCGGACGAAUUCGUUAGUAAGCUUAUCCCACAUGGCUGGCACGGACGUCAUCAGAAGAAGGGACCUGAGUUGGUCAUCUCGGAUGAAGACCGCCGCUACGAUUGGAAUCCGGCACUGGAAGAAAUCCGCGACCAGUUGCACUUCAUCAAGACCGUUCGAGGUGGUCGCCUGCGACACAUCCGUCACAAACUGCAGCACCCGCAAGAAUUCCUGCCUCGAUCUCGCAGCGGCUCUCGCUCGCGCGAGUCAUCCAUUCCGGCCACUCCAAAUGGUGACAAUGGAAGCCCACCUCCCGGUCUCUCUACACCCGAGACUCGUUCCCGUCGCAAUACCCGGUCCCGCUCGAACUCGACAUUCGGACCUGCUGCUGCCAUGGCUGGUGUCGUGGCUGGUAGUAUUGCCGGCUGGUCUCCCAUUGAACGGAACCACGACGAGGGCGACUCCAUCACCUUCCCUGCCAAUGCUGUACAUGGCGGUCUGGACAGGCAACAGGGUAUCGAGAUUCACCCGGACACUGCGGCCGACGACCGCAUCGUCAGCGAGUACUCUACCAAUUUCAAGACUCCUCCCAGUCAGAACCCGGACUUGAUUCCAUUCUUUGAACACGCGCCUCCGGCGAUUGCAGAGCGAGCGCCGUCGAGUCUGGGUCGCCGGUCUUUCUCCCAGCGAUCUCACACCAGUCAAAGCCAUUCGCAGGUGUAA